ACGGUCGCUCUGGCUCUGGCUCGGCCUGCUUGACACGGUGCAGAACGCGGGUAUCGGUAUGAUUCUCAUGUUGACGCUCACGCGUAUCCACGUGUGCGUGGCCAUGCUUGUCGCCCAGGUCAUCGGCUCUAUCGCCACCAUCGUGGCUAGAGCCAGUGCACCUAAUAAUGUCGGCCCCGGCGACGUCUUCCCCGACUUCUCCGAAGGCAUCGCCGCCGGCCUCGCGAAGCCGUGGUUCUGGGUCGCCCUCAUCCUGCAGCUCGUCAUUUGCGUCGGCUUCUUCAAGUUCUUCCGCAAGGAGCAGAUCAGCAAGCCGUAAGAGCAGACAAGCAAAUGGCUCAGCUAGACGGUUGGGGAAUCUAUAUCUAUAUAUAUCUUUUCCCUUUGCAGCCUUCCAUUUUGUUUUGUUACUAUCAUCAACAGCAUUGGAAAAAAAUCAUCAUUGAAACCCCGUCGUCAUGGUGGCCAAGUCGGUAUGAUCAAAGUUUUUACGGCGGGCAUGCUUUCUGCGUUCUUUUAGCGAUUUAUGUUAUGACGCGAGGGGGCCUCGGGAAGGAGGGAAACGAAAUAUUCACGGGGAUGAUAUAUAUUCGGGGGGGACGAUGGUUUCGAGUCCUUUUUCUGUUUUCCCACGGCGCAGGUUGUGUUGUUUUCCGUUACGGCGGUGAAAUUUUUUAUUUUCUCUCGAUUGAUAUCCCCUCCCCCGGCCUUGCCUGCCUGCCCGCCCUCUGGGGCUCAUUAUUUACGGACAUCAAAGCGGUGAUGGAUGGGACACACGCUGGCAAACUUUGCUAUUUAUUUGGCUCUUGUUGCCUUUGUGGGUGUGUGGUAUGGAAACCGUUGAAGAUUGGAAAAAAAAAGGAGGGAUGAAGCUCGAUUUUCAUUUUCUCCUUUUUCUUUGGAUGCGCUAUUACUUGCAUGUCUCUUUUUUUAUUUGCAUUCUUGAACAUAGAUGUAUUUUUUUAGAAACUGGAUGGCAUUAUAUGGGAGGACACUUAAACGUAAAUUAUAGUUUGCUUCUGACUCACUGACUCCUGCCACCUCUGUCGACCCAGAACAUCCUCGGCGAUGCCAGCGGCCCAGAAGCGCGCCAGGUCCGCGGCCUGUGCGACGCCCUUGGGGAUCAGCUUGGCGUCGGCCCAGGUCACGACGCCGUCGCCCU